UAUUUAUUAGCACCUGCACGGUGUGUGGUUUUCUUUUUCUCUCUCUCGCACUGUGUUUCUUUCGUUAUUUAGCAGCUCUCUCUCUUAGGUUUUGAAUUCAAAUAUGGAAGGGACUACCAGCUCAAAUUCCAAUGACACGGUUAAAAAACAAGCCCCCCAAUUAGCUACAUUGUUGAAAGAGAUGAAGGAAGGGUUAGAUACUGUAAGGACUAAAGUACAAGCUUUAACUUCUAAGGUGAAAGCAAAUCAGUUCCCGACAGCAGAUGGGAUAAGCUAUCUUGAAACCAAACAUUUGCUUCUCCUAAACUAUAGCCAGUCACUGGUCUAUUAUCUACUUCGCAAAGCAAAAGGUUUCUCAAUUGAGGGGCAUCCCGUUGUUCGGAGCCUAAUAGAGACAAGAUUGUUUUUGGAGAAGAUACGACCAAUUGACAAAAAACUCCAAUACCAAAUCCAUAAGCUUACAAGGGUUGCCACAGAUACAACAGAAGUUGUAGGUCCAAGUAAAAAGGAAUCGGAUGCCUCCAAAAGGAUAGAGGAUCCAUUGAUGUAUCAUCCAAACCCUGACAUGCUUGUUCCCCAAUACAAUAUAGUACCUCCGGAAGGUGGUGGUGGUGUGUAUCGACCCCCCAAACUUGUCCCUGCUGUUAUGGAGGAAGAUAAAAUCUCAAAGAAGGAAAGGAAUGCUUUGAGAAAGGAGAAACAGAUGCUUCGACAAUCUAGGCAGAGUGAUUUUAUGCGUGAGAUGAUGGAUAAUAUGGAGGGGAGACCUGAAGAGGUCAGAGAAAUUAUUGGAGCUGAAAGUGUUGAGGUUUCUAGGUAUAAGGAAAAAAUGGAGAAGCGUGCUCGGCAGGAAGAAGAGCUUUUUACUCGUGCUCCUAUGACGAAGAUGGAAAAGAAGAAGGAGAAACAUUUGAAGAAAUCAAGAAAUGGGUUGCUAGGUCUGACGGAAAGUUUCUAUGAUGAAAUCAAAGCUUUACCGUUAGAGGAUGAUAACAGCGAACAAGCAACAGGCUUUGGUUAUGGUAGUGGAAAUGGGAAACUUAAGAAACGCAAGAGGAGGUAUUGAGGAACUAGAAGUUGAAAUUUUGUUUUGUUGAGCAAUUGGGAUUUAGAGCUGGAUGACAGUUUUGCGCUGGUUGAGGUAGUAAUUGAGGUAUAAAUGGCUGUGUAUGGAGCAAUUUUGUUUACUCCCCAUGAGACACAUUAUUUUGCAAGAUUUUUUUUCUUUGCUUGCUUAGAUGAAAACUAUACAAUAUUUAAGUAAGUUUCAAGUUUGAUCUCAA